AUUUUUUUUUUCAAACAUGGAAAGCAACUUAGAGCAUUUGCUAUCGUAACAUCCAGAAAUAUAUGCAAUACAGUAUAUUUUAGAAAUUUUGUUCAACAUUAAAUGUAUUUUAUAGUUAAAAAUAAUUACCAAUUACUGUGAAAUAAUUAUAAGAUUAUCCGUAUCGUUCACCAUCGGAUUUUUAUCUUUUAUUAAAUUACUUUAGUUAUCACACUAUAUGCUUCUUACGCAUAGAAUUUUCCAAGGACUUAGGACGCGGGAAUUGCCAUCAUCGAUGACACUAUGACCAAUCAGAUGUCCAUAUCAUUCCAUUCCACCACCAAUAUGGACGAACACGAGAGGAACUUGAUGACAGGAACGUUGGAGCAGAGAAAAGAGGCCUUCAAGGAAGAUGAGGAGCUUAUGAGGGAAACCACGAAAUUCAUCAGCGAAGUGAUAGAGACUGCCGCUACAGAAGCUUCGAAAAGAAAGCUUCAAUCGGAGGGAGCUAACGCAGGUGAAGGUAGUAGAUUGAAGGGUGGCGAUACCAUCGCUGGCUGGAACAAUCGAGCGCGUGGAUUCUGCAAUCGUAUUCUGAAUGCGCUUUGCCCGUGCUUCACUAACCAUGAACUGUUCACCUGGACUCCGUACCGGUAUCGCUUCACAAGACCGUAACUGUUCGAUGACACCUCGGAUUUUCCGUUCCGUCGUGCAAGCUUGCCACGAACAAAGAGGCAAAAAUUAGAAUUAAGUUCUUUCCACUGUCAAUUCGUAUAUUCGCGUCUUUCGUGCGAAUCAAUUGAAGACGUCGUCAUUUUUAUUCUGAAAAAAAAAAAUUGCCGCGGCUUUCUUAAUCUUGAUCUGAAGUAGAACCACACUUGAGGAAGGUAUAUAAUAUCAAUCGCGUGUAAACAAUGAAGACUACUACACGGCAUGCAAAUCGUCGUUGUCGAUAUAUGCCCUGAUUAAUCUUCCUGGUGUCCCGUAAAGAAAGACGAGCGUUUAAUCUGCUGUGGCUGCUGUGCAGCCGAGCGCGAAGGAAGCUACAUUAGUGUUCAAUGGAAUAGGUAAUUAUAGCUAUAAUUGGAAGUGGCUCGAUUGCUUUAUUUUGGAGCAAAUAGCAUCGCAUUGUGAGGAGCAGCUUAAUAAUAAAAUGUGGCAAUAGUCAGUUUACUAUGUCGUUUAACUUUGGGAUAAAUGUCAUUUUUAUGCCUUUCGAUUUUAUAAGUUUUUCAAACGAGCACCUUGGCAAUAAUGCCGCGUGACAAAUGGUUCCUCUCGUAUUCUCUGUAAUAUAUUGAACUUUUGUUUUGAUCUAACAUAAAAAUUUUAUAUACAAUUAAACAAAAUAUGUUUUAAUUUCAAUGUUUUUACAAUUUCCUCUGCAAAGUUAACAAAGUGAAUAAACUAUAUGUAUAAACUAAUUUUCUACUAUACAAAAGUUGAAAGAUUAAAUAUUGAAAUUUAUGAAUGACAAAAUGUAAAGAAGUAAGAAAAAGAUAUGACGACGCCGUCGCCAACGAAGCUUGGCUAUGGGAUAAAUAAAAUUUAGCAUAUUGAAUAUUUUAAAUUGGUAAAAAGAUUAUAUCCUGUGAGAUAUUUUAACUACUUGAUUAUAAUUUGUUGAAUAUAUCUGGAAAGGAUACACGAAUACGAUAUGAUUUUCAAUUAACCGGUUAUAUCUGUUCAAGUUUAAAGCAUAGCAAUAAUGCAUGUGAAUAUAACUAGGAAAUCUGUAUCAAAUUGUACAUUUUACGUGUGUUAUGUGUCAUAGAACAUCAAAUAAGAGAAUUAGUCAAACAUAUCGUGCUUCGUGAUGUCGUCAAUAUUAGUUUUGGCUCGAAAAUGUUCAAAGAGGAUUUCGUUAUAGAUAAGCAAGGUAACGCUAUUGCUUGUUGGGCACAAGAGAAUCGGAUCAAUACCGUUGGUAUGGAACUAUCAACACAUGUAUAUCAUUAUCAGAAAUGUAGAUGUGUGUGAGUAGUAUUAUCAUAUUUAUUUUACUCUUCUCGAAUUUGUAAGAGCUCAUUAAGGCUGUGGAAAAAAUUACUUGUGCGCGGUUUGCGUCGUACGUAAUAGAGAAAUUAAUCGGUUGAAAAAAUAAAUUUCAAUAAUUAAGCAACUAUGUUCUUAGAGCGCUGUGUUAUCCAUACUCAUAUUGAAUGUACCUGUGUCAACAUUAUAUAAGAUGUUAGAUAUAAUUGUAUAAUUAUUAUACAUCGUUACACAGGGUUUUCUCCAAGAAAAUAUACGUGAUAUACACGUGACAGUGGCUUCAUUCGCAGCGGAAUUCAAAAUUGAAUUUCUCUCAAUAAAUAUUUAAACUGGUUUAUAUAUUCUGAUUUCAUAAACAAUUGAUUUGACAAAAAAUUGAGGCAAGCUUCCUUAACAUUUGGUUUUUUUUUGGAGUAUUAUGGGCUCACUCUCUGCCAAGAGAAAAAUUCGAUACAAAUCGUUUGCGAUUUAUCCCUGUGUAACGUUCCUACUGCGUACGUAAAACGGUGAUGGCUAUAUUUCGACGUUGAAACAUUGGCGGAACAUCGGGAAGGUGUUGGAAAGAAAAUCAAUAUAUCCACGCGGUCCUCGUUUUGGCCACGAAUCGCCGUUGUGCCGCCUACAUAUUUUCAUUGGCAAAAGCUAACAGGAGCGAGUGCUUUUCCCCCUUUAAAGCAUCGCCUUUUCGCUCUUAAUCGUUCUACGUGUGCAUAUUUUAAUUCCGAUCAUAGUAUGCAAAGGGCAUGCUAGGAGGUUGCGGGGGUCCAAUAUUGUUUAUUUUUUUGCACACAUACGCGCGCGCGCACAUAUACUACACAUACACACAUACACAAGCAGAUUGUCCCUGAUAAUUUGCGGAACUGAAUUCUCGUUCGCAUAUUUCUGGAACAGAGAAAGACUACGCAAAAGAAGUACUUACUCCACAUUGCCUAUCUAGAUGUAUAGAGGGAUCAACAGUGUACUAUGUAUAUCAGAGACGAGUGACAAUCAAAUGUGUAUGAAUUGUCGUGAUAUAUGUACAUAUAGAGAUAUAUAGAUAUAUAUAUAUAUAUAUACGUUAUAUGUAUAAAUACAGAUAUAUAAAAUUUAAUAUUAUCGCGAUAAACUUUGUAUUUUGCGUUACCGGAACACCCAAUAUAUAAAGGAAAUGUAUUAUAUUGCAUUGUUAUCUUUACAUCUCCGAUAGACCGUGAAUUCUCAGGCUAGCGGUCAUUGAUAGAUAUCACACUACCGGAUACGUAUCAUCGACAGACUUACUGCACUUAUGAAAGUAUUAUUCUGAAAACGAUGUCACGCAUAUAAAUACACAAUAAAUAUUUAUGUUAAAA